AUGGGAUCAUUAGAUAAAAGGCAACUCUACAUCACUUAAGCUGAUUAAUCAACUUCUUCAAAGUUUGAUGAAUGGGAAUUAAUCGAUACAGACUUGAAUGAUUAGACAACGUUAGAAGACGAGGAUAAUUUUUUAUCAGUCACACGAUAAUACAAAUUCGUCAUAGGCAUCUCCAAACCAUAGGAAGUUAGAAUUGGUUUAAACUCAAUAUCAAAAAGUAAAAUUACAAUCAAAGGUCGGUUGGGAAUUUAAACUAAGUUCCCUAUAUCUCAAUGA